UAUUCUCUUUGCUUACCUAACAAUUUUUCUUAUAUCCCUUGUAACCAGGAACAUGACCUACUCCCCCUUUCAAUCAAAAUUAGCUCUAUAUAGUUUAUUAUCAUCAUCAUCCUAAAGGUAUUCAUACCUAGAAAGUCUCCACAAUAAUGGAAACGAGUGUCAUGCAUAAUCAAGAUGCUAACAAAAGCUUCUCCUUCAACUCCAAUUAUAAGUAUUCUUCCUCUUCUUUAGAACUUUUCACAGAUGAGGAUGAAAAGGAUGAUCUAAACCACAACACAGACAGCGACACUGAAGAAAAUUCUUUCAUAGAAAUCACAUUCGAUAACCCAAAGAUUAAGCAAACGGAUAACGAUGAGGAUAAAUCUAGCGGUGGUCGAGGGUUUCAGGAUAAUUUUGACCACCUACGAAUAUCGUUCUCGUCAAGUUUCCCUUCAUCAAUUCAUGAUCAAGUUCGUAACAUCAAUUAUGUCUCGCUUGACUCUACUCAUCGUGAAACAGCAGCCUCAAUUAAGGCCUUAUCGGCAUUUUCUUCGUCAUCAUCGUCGUUGUCGUCUUUGUCUUCAGUCAGGUUGUCGGCUUCGACUAUGAGAUCUUCGUCGACUGGAACAAGUCUUGGUCCAGCGGUUGUGGGGUCGGAGUCGUUUAACGUGUACGAGAGUUCGAGACGAAGAGAUCAGCUGACGGCGUUCAAUCCACUUGUUCACACGCUACUGUUCAGUCUCGAUGCCCCUCCGCACAUGGCCGACCAAAUUAACGGCCUUCAUUAUGAUCGAAAGGAUAAUCAUAGGCAGUUGGGAAUGAUCAAUGCCAACAACAGGAGAAAAUCGAGCAUCACACAAGUAAAGAAUAGUACUAAAGGCAGUAGCACCACUAGUGGUAUCAUGAAGUUCUUGAUGAUCAAGUUUCGAGCGACCAAAGUUCGAAAGCUAUUAGCCUCAUUAUUCGCCAAAUCCCAUGGCCAUGAUCACCUUCACUUCUAUCCAAACAAAGCCAAUGCCAUUGACAGGUCAUACAAACCCAAGAGAUUAUUAAGAUCAUCCAAAGAAACACGAGCACUAGACUGCUACCAUCAUGAUCAUCAUCAAGGAAUGUAUGUUAGUAGUAGCUAUAGUUACAACAAUGACAACAAUGCCAACCUCGUAAAUGACAUCAAAUACUCUUCUCAUAAUCAACACAGAUGUUCUAGAGCGUUGGACGUAAACAUGGGUGCCGUGAAAGGGGUUUUAGGAGGUGUGAACAUGACAAGAAGUGGUCACAAUAAUAGUAGUCGAAGUAGCAAUCGAAAAACCAGCAGCUGUCCUAGCUCUGUAAAGUCCUCUCCGAUACACCAAGGAUUCGCAAACAACGAUGCCAAUAAAUUUUUUGCAGCUGAAAACUCAGUUCAGGCUGCCAUUGCUCACUGUAAGAGCUCACUUGGCCAGGCAUCUGAUUUUCGAUUCUGAAUUACUUCUCCUAAUAAUGACAAGAGAUGUCUCAACUUUUUAUUGAAUUGUCACAGAUCAUUAUUUUAUUUAGUGGUACUGUUAAUAUAUAUAUAUAUGUAUAUCUUUUGUCUGCCAGUAUGUAUUCGACAAUGAUAUUCUGUUUUAUUGAGUUCAUUCGCAUUAAA